GACUGGCUAAUAUAACUCACUCUUAUCUCUAAUACUCGUGCCGGCGUGGAAAUUGCAACGCACUUGUCUACAGUAUAGAUUUUAGUAACGUCAUCAUGGCCCUUAACGCUACCCGCCCGACCCUCCAGCGCUCUGUGUCUUCGAGCUCUGCUCUUCAACAACACCACCGUCCCUUCUCAAUCGCUGUCCCGGCUCGGUAUGCAACACAAACUUCGAACCACACGCUAUCGCAGUCACAACCGCAGACACCACGCGGGUUUCUAGCUGAGAAGGGCCCAUUUAAAUUCCAACAGCGAGCUAUAUCAUAUGAAGAGGUUGUGUCGCGGAGUCGGAGUAAUGAGAAUGCGGCAGAGAAUAUACCAGCAGCAUCAGAGUUGGCUACGCUGAGGAAACGGACAGAGGAGCAGAAGAAAACUAUUGGGGUGCUGCAGGGAACAAUGUGA